GUGGGAUCGAUGCGGAAAAUUUGAAACGGAAAUUUUUCAAAUUUCUCUCAAUUUUAAUAAUUUAGGUGUCAAAUGUGUACCCUAGCGUAAAAACAGAAAGUCAAGUUUAUUACAAGCCCUGAACAAUUAUCGAUCAUUGCUAAUCAUGGAAAGGCAAAGAGAUUCAAAUGAUCAGUUUGGGUCAAAUGUCCCCAUGCAGUUUUGCGAUGAGGAUGAAGAAAUAUUUAUUGGUGAUGUAAAUGAGACGGAGAAAGCCAGGAUGGACAGGUUCAAUAAUAGACGCACAUUGGUUUUUGUCCCUGGUUUUAGGAGGAACAGAUAUACCCAAGUUCAGGUUACCAGUGAGGAAGAAUACACAGAUGGUACAAUGGACAGAGAUAGCUUAAACAGUACUGCCUCACUAGCCACAGUGGACUACACCAGAGAUAGUCUUGAUACAGUCCAUAGCAGUCUUGAACCAGUUAGAGACAGUAUUGAACCAGUUAGAGAAAGUAUUGGACCAGCUAAAAGCCCAGAUAGUGGAAUGGAGUUAGAUUACGACAAACUGAAACUCAAUGGUUCCUUAUCAGAUGAGCAUGUUGUGGAAGCUAACUCCAGUAGGGACAUAUCUGAGUUCACCAUGGUAACAGCAUUAGGAGACAGUCAAAUGUACAACACAUACUACAUGAACCCUCAAUCAAACGAUAACCCGAAAGAUUUAGUCACACAAGGGGAACUUAAUUUAAGAGAAAAUCACAAGAAUGAGCAAAUUGAAAAAAUAAAUCCAAAACUAAAAAAUGAAAGACGAAUAUCAUUUGAAAAUGUUGUAGUGCCAUCUAUAAAACCUAUUGUCACCAAAGUUUCUCCACAAGCCAUGAACCAACAACCAUAUCAUAUAACAGAACUUGAAUCUAUGAUCCCAAGUUUAACAUUAGUUGAGAAUGCUGCAGCUGUUAAUAGAGAAGAGGAUAUCACAGGAGGUGCAUUUAGUGUCUAUACCCCAGUUAAACAUACUGAUGCGGGCAAAUCUGAAACAAGCCUUAUAAGUGCAUUCGAUUUGGAGUCCAAAGCUACAAAACAAUUAUUUAAAGAUGACACCUCACCUAAUGAAGAGCUGUCUGAUGCAUCACCUGUUUCUGAAAAAAUUGACAAGUCCCCUAAUCGCCUUUCAGGUGCAUCCACUAUUUCCUUAUAUGAACCAUCAUCUCCAGAAAUCUAUAAUGAUUUUCCAGAAUUAUUUGUUGAUAUACCUAAACGACAUUCAGAGGCUUCAACCAUUAUGUCAAAAGAAUCUGAUGUAAGUGAUAUAACUCGAGACAGUUUCACAUCCCAAAUGUCAGGAAUGUCAAGCUUUGUAUCUCAAAAUAGUGAUAGUUUGACCUCUCAGAAUCCUAGUUCAGAUGAGGAUUUGAUCACCCGUAAGCUCAGCUUGAUGUCUGGAGUGGACUAUUUGAAGUCUGAUAAAGAGAGUUUGAUAUCUGAGGCGUCUGAUUAUGAAGACUCUCUAGUACAGAACAGUAGUGCAAGCACUGUAGAGGAAACUGUCAUACAGCGUAGGAUCUCAGAGAUGAGCAAUGGUUUCACAGGUACAGGGCUGGACCCUCCGAGGAGCCUAAGGAAUCUACGAAGCAUGGACAGCUGUUUUAGUGACGCAUCCUCAGUCGGGACUGCCAACAAAGCUCUCAGUGAGAGUCAAUUUAGCCUUGGCGGUCUCAGUGAUAGAGUCGAUACCCCAACCUCCAUAGUUAGCAGUUAUGAAGGAAAUGAAACAAAUACUGAAUUUGAUUUAACAAAAGAUACAAAAUCUACCGAUUCUAGUGAUGAAACAUUAGAUUCAGAAAAUGCUGAAGAGAAUGCAGAUCAUGAAAAUGUUGUAUCAGUAGAACCAGAUGUUAAGUUAAAGGCUGGUAAGGACAUUAAGGCAAAGGCUGAGUCAGGACCUAUUGAUGACACAAAUCCAAGUGAUGAGGUUAGAUCUAUGGCUGCUUAUUCCACAGAACAACCUGUUACAACCCAACCACAGUCAUCUGCUCCUAUAUUUGAGUCUCAACUUGACACAUUACUGGCGAAACUGACGUCAGAGUCUCUUGAGAAGAAGAAGCAAAGGCUUGAAGAGUUGCGUGAAGAUAAGAUGCGUCUCCAGAGAGAAAUUGAGGAACAAGAACAUAAGAUUUACCCCAGGUCUCCCAAGCCAAAAGCUCAACGCCCAGUGGAAGGGGCUCCUAUGGUUAUUCCUAAAGUUGCGUGUACUGGUAUCCCAGCCCUGACCUUGAAUGACCGUGAGCUUAAUGCAGUGACCACGCUACAUACAAUUUGUAAUGGCCAGCAGAUUGUCAAGGUUAUGGAGAAGCCUCAAACCCCAACUAUCAUACGACACUGUAAUGCACCCAAGACAACAAAAGCUGCGGUUAAGAGCACAUUAAAGAAGACUGAAAACACAACCCCAGGCUCUAAAUGUAUACCGAAGACGAGGGUCAAGUUCAAUGAGAACACACCCCCUGCUGGGUCUCCUUACAGACAUAGUCCCAGGAGUGCUACCACUAAGAAGUCCAAACCAAUUUUACAAGAAAGAUCUCAGAAGUACACAUUUCCUUUCUCUGGCCAGGUUCCAUCACCAAUUGUCGUAACCAAACCCAAGCGGACCCAUAAGUUAGCUGAUCUAAACACCUCUGUUUCACAGAACAGCAAGAAGGCGCCAUUCAAAUAAAGAGCCAUUCUUACAUCGUAAUUUUUCGCCAACUUAACAUUACGUGCAAGCUAAGAUUGCAAGUCUUGCUAUAUUAUAACACCACUUUGGCACGAGGAUGCCAUUUAAAUAAAAUAAACUUUUCAUACAUUAGUAUCAAAAAGCAUGUAAAACAAUUCAUUGAUAUCCCACACAUACAUAGCAACCCAAGAUAUCAUUUUAAAUUGAGUGAUAUUGUACCACAAACUUAGACAUACAUCAUCAUUUUGCUGACAUCAUAAUGCAAGCCAAGAUGUCAUGCUUUUGUUGACAUCACACUGCAAGACAUGGCAAUGAGUGUUCAACAAGUAGAGUGUUCAGUGAGGAAAGUGUUCAAUGGGUGUGUUCAUCCAUCUACUCUGUUUUGCUGAAUUGUGCAAUUUGCUUUAAAAUUAUUAUUAUUCAAAAAUGUAUACAUAAGCUGUAUAAGUACCAAUGUACCAGUGGAAUAUGUUAUUAAGUUAAGUUUAAUUUAAAUAAAUACACAAAGCAUGUGUUCAGAUUUCAGAUCA